AUGGAUGAAGCUUUUGCCACUACAGGAGCAUACGUUGGAAACCCACUGGAGCAGAUGCCCCGCAUAAAAGUUGCUGAAGACGGCAAUUCAGAUGCCGAAACGGACAAAGAACCUGACUCAGACUAUUAUGACACGAAGACUGGGCCUCCGAAGGAAGACAACGAAAGAACUCUCAUCCGCCGCGUCCGGCGGGCGAAGGACUUGGGCACUGAGGUGGGCGCGGCGGCAUAUUCCGAGGAAGAAGAGCAAUUUCGUCUCCUCCUUGACCUUGACCCCAUCAACGAGUACACGGAACAUGAUCUGGAUAACACCCCGGUUCUCCGGAGAGCGAUUAAGCUCUUGUAUCGUGAACGUAUGGGACAGAGGGCAUACACGGACAAGACGUCCAUUCACAUCCAGUACGACCAGAUUCACGCAUCAUUAGAAGCCGCCAUAUUGGAUGACAUGGCCCAAGAGACCCUCGCGGAGGCAUGGAAGAGCAAAGACAAAGCAGGCAAAGGCAAGGCAGGCAAGAAGAAGCCACCAGAGGCGAAGAAAUCUCAAAAGCGCAAAGGACCUACGGCGCUGCCGGCGCUGGCGGCGCUGGUCAAUCUUAGAAAGAAGGCGAAGAUAGCUCAUGAGGGCGGUGAGGCAUCAGAACCGUUGGAGGAUAAGCAGUCGGCAGGGGACGAAGACGAGGUGAUGGCGGACACACUUGCCGAGCAGUGUCCGAGGAUGGAUCUGUCCAAUGUUUCCGCUGAAAGCAAGCGUAGUAAAGAGGAACAUAAGCCUAUAAGAAUCGGUGCGGCGGGCCUUUCGGCAGAGAUCGAAUAG